AUGCGCCGAGCUGAAAUUCAGCAGCAGACUUUCAAGGCAGGAUUCAGCCGCACCACCCGCGCACCCAGGCCAGCCUCGCCCGGGACCAGCUUCCGCAUCGGGGAGCCCCCGGCCUCCGAGCUGGGCGGCCUAGCCACCGCCGGCCUCGUGGUCCAGGAGAAGCCGCCCCCAGAGCCGCCCCCGUCCCCCGUCGCCUGUCCCGUUCGGCCGCAGUUGGGAACAGGCCUGAGCUGCCGGCCUUCCAAGCCCUUUGAGUCUGGUGGCCUGCACACAGUUCCCCAUGGGGCUGCCUCUGCUGGGACGGGGAGGCGGCAGGGGCCGGGCCCCUCGCCCGAGCAGGCUCAAGCACGGUUCCGGGGCUUCCCGCCCAGCACGGUGGUGGCCCUCGAGGCGCCACUGCAUCCGCACGCCGUGGACCGGUCCAUGAUAGCUCUGCGGGAGAGGGCCCCCCGCGUGCUAGCCGCCUCCUCGGCCCGGUGGGGCCGCCGGCCGUCGGGCUCCAGAGGCCCCGGUUCGGGAGAGCGGCCCUCCAGCCGGCCGGCCCGCCCGGCCGGCCGCCGCGGCCCCUUUAAGCGCGCCGCCGCGCUCCCGCUCAUUGUCUCCCCCGGCGGCCAAUCGGCGGCGGCGGCGGGGCGGGGGGCGCGGGCGCUGAUUGGCCAGGACGCGCGCUCGCUCCGCCGCGCCGCUCGGGUCGCUGUCCGCCGGCCGGAUGAGGUCGGGGCGCUGGUCUUUGACGUGGGCUCCUUCUCGGUGCGGGCCGGCUAUGCUGGGGAAGACUGCCCCAAGGCAGACUUCCCCACCACGGUGGGCUUGCUCUCCCACGACGAGUCUGCCAUGGAGCUGGACGGGGAGAAGGAGAACAAAUCCGGGAAGGUCUACUACAUCGACACCAACUCGCUGCACGUGCCGCGGGAGAACACGGAGGUCGUCUCACCACUCAAGAACGGGAUGAUUGAGGACUGGGGCUGCUUCCAGGCCAUACUGGACCACACGUACAACAAGCACAUCAAGUCGGAGCCCAGCCUGCACCCAGUGCUCAUGUCGGAGGCCCCGUGGAACACGCGUGCCAAGCGCGAGAAACUGACGGAGUUCAUGUUCGAGCACUACAGCAUCCCGGCUUUCUUCCUGUGCAAGACGGCCGUGCUCACGGCCUUCGCCAACGGGCGCAGCACCGGCCUUGUCCUGGACAGCGGCGCCACUCACACCACGGCCAUCCCGGUGCAUGACGGCUACAUCCUCCAGCAAGGCAUCGUGAAAUCGCCCCUCGCCGGAGACUUCAUCUCCAUGCAGUGCCGGGAACUUUUCCAAGAGAUGAAUAUUGAGAUCAUUCCUCCCUACAUGAUUGCUGCCAAGGAGGCCGUGCGUGAGGGGGCCCCCCCGAACUGGAAGAAGAAGGAGAAGCUACCGCAAGUCAGCAAGUCCUGGCACACGUCCAUGUGCAACGAGGUCAUCCAAGACUUCCAGGCCUCGGUGCUGCAGGUUUCGGAUUCUCCAUACGACGAACAGGUGGCUGCCCAGAUGCCCACCGUCCACUACGAAAUGCCCAAUGGUUAUAACACAGACUACGGGGCAGAACGACUCCGAAUCCCAGAGGGGCUCUUUGACCCCUCCAAUGUGAAGGGCCUGUCCGGGAACACCAUGCUGGGAGUCGGUCACGUGGUCACCACGAGCAUCGGGAUGUGCGACAUCGACAUCCGGCCUGGCCUGUACGGCAGCGUCAUCGUCACCGGCGGGAACACCCCCCUGCAGGGCUUCACGGACCGGCUCAACCGCGAGCUGUCGCAGAAGACGCCGCCGAGCAUGCGCCUGAAGCUGAUCGCCAGCAACAGCACCCUGGAGAGGCGGUUCAGCCCCUGGAUCGGGGGCUCCAUCCUGGCGUCUCUAGGCACCUUCCAGCAGAUGUGGAUUUCCAAGCAGGAAUACGAGGAAGGGGGCAAACAGUGCGUGGAAAGGAAGUGCCCCUGA